AUGUCAGAGAUGAUGCAGCAUCACUUCUUCACAGGCACAGGCGAAGCAGCAGCAACAGCAAUGCCCCCAAGUGACCGCGGCGAUGUGUCGCCGGUGUGGUCGAUCUAUGACGACUACUGGUGUGGCGUCUCCCAGGAUGCCGAGGUGGAAGAUGGAGAGGUGGGCAGCUGUGUAGGUACAACGCCGCGCCGGCUACCCUUCAUCUCGGACCCGGUGCCUUUCAUGACGUUGAAAGGUUCACAGUUGAAGAAAGAAGCACCGAUUCGUCGGGGUGCUCAGGGGGCCGUGUACUCGGCGUUCGACGCAGCCACCAUCACACCUGCGGAGGACGCGAACGCAAAGAGCCUUCUUUCCCACGAGGUCUGCAGGGAGCAUGAGAGCGACGAACAGGUUGCAGGUGACGGUCAACGGCCCGCGCGGUGCGGUCGGCAUGUUGCCGUAAAGCGCAUUUUUAUUCAGGCAAGCGACUUCGGUGCACACGACAUCUCCGCGACGGUACUGCGUGAGGUAACGCUGCAUCGCUUUGUGAGCGACAAGCAAGCUGCGUGUCUUGCGGCAGCGAGUGCGUCUUACUCCACUACUUCAGCCUCCGGCGCCGCGCCGCGUGCCGAGGACGAUCAAGGUCGGGCCCUCUGUGAUCUCAUUGACGACUCCGCGCGAGUCGUCUACCUCUACCGUGUUGUGGAAGCCCCGCACAGGGAGAUGUGCCUUGUGAUGGAACUCGCGGCAACCAACCUGGAGCAGGCCAUUUUUCCGCACGGAGCCCGUGGCGCCUCAAAGCGUGGCAUGGUUGGCUACAGGCAGAAGCCCGGUGCGGCCUCCCUGUUCGGCACCUCUGCUUCUACUGGUGUCAGCGGUGGUCUGAGCCUGUCCUCCGUCUCGCCGUCUACAAAGCCUAACACUGCUACGGCGACAGAAUACCCGCAGGGAUCAUCGCUCUCUUUGCCACACUCUCGAAUGCCGCUCGUGCGCUACUUGCUGCGGCGCCUGCUACGCCUCGUGUGUUUCCUACACGAGACGUGUGGUGUGGUGCAUCGAGACUUGAAGCUGAGCAAUGUACUGGUGACGAAGGACGCUGGGCUUCGACUCGGUGACUUUGGGUCUGCGCGUUUCAUUCCUCCUUUGCGCUCGGAUGCGAAGAUCCAGACUCAGAACUCUCCCUCUUUCACCGAGUCUCACGCAGCAGCUGCGAGCCAGCGUGAGCAACUCCCCUGCACACCGCCAUCGAUGCGCACGACACUUCACUAUCGACCCCCCGAAGUGCUCCUUGGAGACCCGGCGUGCCGCACCGCGGCAGAUGUGUGGGCGUUAGGUGUGAUCUUUGCUCAGCUGCUACUGCAGAAGGCCUUGUUCCACUCGGAGAGCGAGUUAGACCUGCUAGGGGCAAUUCAGAAGCUUCUGGGAGUGCCGGCGCACUGUGCGCCGCCGUCGUGGCUCGCUGCUCCUUCGGUGCCCGGCCCGGCAAUGGGCGGGGAAUUCGCUGCACAAGUCUCAGCUCCUCAGGCAAGUUUCCCGUACAAGUUCCACGCCGGUGUCGUACCUGCUGACGGGCUGGACCUGCUGUCUCGGAUGCUGCACCAGCAACCCGAGUCCCGCAUCUCCGCCCGCGAAGCACUACAGCAUCCUUUCCUGAACUUUGAAGGUCGUUCUGCGGCGGCUACACACGACGACGACGAGCAAGGGCGAGCAUUGUGGCAGGAGAGGGUGGCGACAGUGCUGCGUGAGCAGACGGCGGGGCCCAUACACGGUAUGGGAGAAGGUGAGCGAUGGCCCAUGUUUAUGAGGCUCGCUGAUAACGCGGACGAGGAGGAUGAAGAGGACGACGAGGACGGUGUCACCCCACUCCGCGUCAGCUUAGGCGGGUGUACGUCAUACUAA